GAGGAGAGCCAACAGCAUCCCAAACCCCCCCACCCCCUCCAGUCCCUGCAGCUCCUCCAUCUGCACAGUGGAGCUGGACGGACCAGCCAGAAUGUGGAGAGCCGUGCCACUCCAAAUCUUUCUCCUCUUAUUCUGCCGGUUGUGCCAAUCACAAGGAUGUGAACUGGGGCAGUUCCGCUGCGGGACAGGCCGAUGCAUCCCAUGGGACUGGCACUGCGACGGGACAUCCGACUGUUCAGAUGAUUCUGAUGAACAAGAAUGUCCACAGAUAACAUGCGACGACAGUCACUUUCAGUGUUUGAGUGAUGGCGAGUGUAUCCCGGGUGUGUGGGUGUGCGAUGAUGAAGAGGACUGUGAAGAUGGUUCAGACGAGAGGCAAAACUGUCCUGGGAGACCCUGCACAAGCGGACAGUUCAGCUGUAACAACGGGGCGUGUGUCCCGGCUGAGUACCGAUGCGACCAUCUGUCUGAUUGCACCGAUGGCUCGGAUGAGAGAAACUGCAAUUAUCCGGAGUGCACAGAGUUUAGAUGUGCUAAUGGUGCCUGCUACAACCGGACCCAGAGAUGUGACCACAUACUUGACUGUCGAGAUGGCUCAGAUGAGGCAAAUUGCACACAGCACUGCAGUACAGGCCUGUAUCCAUGUCAUAAUGGGAUGUGCGUUCCUCAGCGUUAUAUCUGUGACCAUGAUGACGACUGUGGGGAUCGAAGUGAUGAACUCAAUUGCACAUAUCCUCCAUGCAGGGGCAAUUACUUCACGUGCCCCAGUGGUCGCUGUAUUCAUCAAGUGUGGCUUUGUGAUGGAGAAGACGAUUGUGAGGACAAUGCAGAUGAAAAAGGCUGCGAAAAUGCGGUGCACGAGUGUGACCCAGGAGAGUGGCCAUGUCCAUCUAGUGGUGUGUGCAUCCCCAUGGAGCAGCUGUGUGACGGGACGCCUCACUGCUCUGAAGGAGAGGACGAAACCAACACGACUGCCGGACGCAACUGCAGUGUCUGGAGAUGUUCUUCUCUGAGUUGUGAGCAUCGCUGUCAUCCUUCUCCUCGUGGAGGAACCUGUUCCUGUCCUUCGGGAUACACUGUCAGCGGCAAUGACAGUCGCUCAUGUAUAGACUUUGACGACUGCUCAAUGUGGGGAGUGUGUGACCAGCUUUGCGAGGACCGCAUUGGUUCUCAUCACUGCAGCUGCAGGGACGGUUACGUCCUGGAGCAGCAUCGAUACUGUCGAGCCGACAUCUCGUUCGGAGUCCCUUCCUUGGUAUUUUCCAAUGGCAGAGACCUACUAAUAGGCAACAUCCAUGGCAACAAUCUUCGCACUUUAGUACAAUCACAGAACCGAGGAGUUGCAGCUGGAGUGGACUUUCAUUUUGAUCUCCAUAAGAUCUUCUGGACUGAUACCAUUCAAAAUAAGGUGUUUUCUGUGGACAUGGAUGGGUCCAAUAUGCAGGUGGUUUUAAAUGUAUCAGUUGACUACCCUGAGAACCUGGCCGUGGAUUGGGUGAACAAUAAACUGUAUGUGGUGGAGGCCAGUGUCAACAGGAUUGACAUGACGGAUCUGGAUGGAAGUAACCGGGUCACACUCAUCACCGAGAACCUGGGUAACCCUAGAGGACUGGCGGUGGACCCCACUGUCGGCUAUAUGUUCUUCUCAGAUUGGGAGGCCCUCAAUGGACAACCUGGUCUUGAACGAGCCUACAUGGAUGGAACCAACCGUUAUGGGAUCAUCAGAAGUAAACUGGGCUGGCCAGCUGGCAUCACACUAGACAUCGAGGCCAAACGCAUUUAUUGGGUUGACAGUCGCUACGAUUACAUUGAAACGGCAACCUAUGACGGUCUUCAUAGGAAAACUGUUGCCCAUGGUGGUGCUGUCGUACCGCACCCAUUUGGGAUCAGCCUAUUUGAGCACUAUGUAUAUUUCACCGACUGGACAAAAAUGGCGGUCAUGAAAGCCAACAAGUUCACAGACACGAACCCACAGGUCGUCUACACUUCAUCCCAGACCCCACAUGGAGUGGCAGUGAUACAUCAUCUUAAACAGCCAAACGUGGUGAAUCCUUGCAGUAUAAACAGAGGCGGGUGUGAUCAGAUCUGCGUUUUGAGUCACAGGAGCGACAACGGAGGGUUAGGCUACCGAUGCAAGUGUCGCAUAGGCUAUGACUUAAACACCGAUGGCAAGAGAUGUCUGGCCGUGAGGCAGUUUCUGCUUUUCACCAGUCAGCUGGCCGUGCGAGGGAUACCGUUCAACCUCUCCUCUCAGGAAGACAUCAUCCUUCCCAUCACUGGAUUACCCUCCUACUUUGUCGGGGUGGACUUUAGUGCAGAGGAUGAUGCGAUCUUCUUCUCGGACACGGCCAAAGAUAUGAUCUACAAACAGAAAGUGGAUGGGACCGGCAGGGAGGUGCUGGCGGCCAACAGAGUGGACAGCGUGGAGGACCUGGCUUACGAUUGGAUUUCGAAAAAUCUCUAUUGGACUGACCCACGAUACAGGAGCAUAUCUGUCAUGAAGGUCGUGGAUAAAUCCAGGCGGGCUAUCAUACAGAACCUGAACAACCCGAGAGCCAUUGUGGUCCAUCCUCUUGUCGGAUAUAUUUUUUGGACUGACUGGUACCGGCCAGCAAAGAUUAUGAGAGCUUGGGGCGAUGGGUCACAUGCCCUGUCUAUUGUAAACACCACUCUUGGCUGGCCCAAUGGCCUCGCUAUUGACUGGAGCGCUAUGCGUUUGUAUUGGGUAGAUGCCUUCUUCGACAAAAUCGAGCACAGCAAUUUUGAUGGACAUAACAGGCUUGCUUUGGACCGCAUUACUCAGAUGUCCCAUCCUUUUGGCCUCACCAUAUUUGAAGGUUAUGCAUAUUUCACCGACUGGCGCCUGGGUGGAAUUGUCCGUGUUCGCAAGACCGACGGUGGGGAGAUGGUGGUUAUUCGAAGAGGGAUCAGCCAUAUCAUGCAUGUCAAAUCUUUCAACUCCAACUCUCAGAUUGGUUCCAACCCGUGCAACCGGCCGACAAAUCCGAAUGGGGACUGCAGCCACUUUUGCUUCCCAGCCCCAGACUCCCACAGGGUCUGUGGGUGUCCGUACGGCAUGAAGCUGUCCCCCAACCAACAGACUUGUGUGGAGGAUCCUUCCAGCGAGCCCCCAACACUGCAGUGCGGCGCCAACUCCUUCUCCUGUGGCAACGGCAAAUGCGUCCCAAACAACUACCAAUGCGACGGUGUUGACGACUGCCAUGACAACAGCGAUGAGGCCAACUGUGGCAUCAACAACACCACUUGCUCCCCUUCUGCGUUCACGUGCGCCAAUCAUCGAUGUGUGCCAGCCGCGUGGCGUUGCGAUGGCCACAACGACUGUCUGGAUGACAGCGACGAGUCCAACUGCCCGACACAUAUGCCCGGAACCUGCCCGGCCAAUCAGUUUAUAUGUGCCAACCUCCGCUGCAUCCCGCUCAGCUGGCGCUGUGACACUGACAACGACUGCGGCGACGGUUCAGAUGAAGCAGACUGCCAUCACAGUAACACAUGCAAUCCAGACCAGUUUCAGUGUCCGGACCAUCGCUGCAUAGCCCCGAGUUACGUCUGUGAUGGUGAUCGGGACUGUGUGGAUGGGGCAGAUGAGCAAGGAUGCAUCUACAACUGCACUUUGAACGAGUUCAAGUGUUCCCGCGGUCAUCAGUGCAUCAACUCCUUCUACCGAUGUGACGGUGUCUUUGACUGCACUGAUCGCUCGGACGAGCAAGGCUGUCCAACGAGGCCUCCGGGGAUGUGCCAUCACGAGAGCGAGUUCCAGUGCCAGUCAGACGGCAGCUGCGUCCCAUCCACAUGGGAGUGUGACGGCCACUCAGAUUGCGAGGACGGCAGCGACGAGCACCACGCCUGCCCGCCUCGCACUUGCCCUUCCUCGCUCUUCCGCUGUGACAACGGCAACUGUGUGCUGCGCAGCUGGCUGUGCGACGGCGACAACGACUGCAGAGACAUGAGCGACGAGCGGGAUUGUCCCACGCCGCCUUUCCGAUGCCCGAGUUGGCAGUGGCAGUGCCCCGGAUACAGUAUGUGCAUCAACCUCACCGCAGUGUGUGACAACUCUCCUGACUGCCCUAAUGGGGCAGACGAGUCUCCACUCUGCAAUGAGCCUUUGCCAGAUCAGGAGAGCUGCUUUGACAACAAUGCUGGAUGCACUCAUGGCUGUAUCCAAGGGCCCUUCGGGGCCCAGUGCACUUGCCCUGUGGGCUAUCAACUGAGUAAUGACUCCAAAACCUGUGAGGAUAUAGACGAAUGUCAUCCUCUUGGAAUGUGUAGCCAGCAUUGCUUUAAUGAAAGAGGCUCUUUCCGCUGCCACUGCCAUGAUGGGUACACUCUCGAAGAGGACCAGCGGACUUGUAAGGCCUCAGAUUCUCGUCAAGCCUUCCUGUUGGUCGCCAGUCGUAAUCACAUCGUACAAGAUGACAUCACCACUCUGCCCAAUGUGGUCCAUUCGCUAAUCCGGGAUGGACGCAACAUUGUGGCCCUUGACUUUGACUCGGUCGAUGACCGAGUGUACUGGUCGGACACGAGCCAGGACAGAAUCUGGAGUGCUCAUAAAAAUGGCAGCGAUCGAACUGUGAUAUUUGACAGUGGGGUGACUGUGACAGAGAGCCUUGCUGUGGAUUGGAUAGGCAGGAACCUCUACUGGAGUGACUACGUUCUGGAGACAAUCGAGGUUUCCAGACUAGAUGGUAGUCACCGGACCGUGUUGGUCAGCGAGAAUGUCACUAAUCCCAGAGGCCUGGUGCUGGACCCAAGAGACGGUGCUCUCCUGAUGUUUUGGACAGACUGGGGGAGGAACCCCCACAUUGAGAGGGCCAGCAUGGAUGGGAAACUGAGAACCAUUAUCAUAAGCAACAAACUGUACUGGCCCAACGGUCUUACCAUAGAUUAUCCCAACAAUUUGUUGUACUUUGCCGACGCCUAUUUGGAUUUCAUCGACUACUGCGAUUAUGACGGCAAGAAUAGAAAACAAGUUCUGGCCAGUGACCUGGUUCUUCAACACCCCCACGCGAUUACCAUUUUUGAGGAUUUUGUGUAUUGGACCGACAGAUACAUCAAUCGCGUGAUGCGAGCCCAUAAGUGGCAUGGGGAGAACCAGACAGUGAUGCUGUUCAACCUCCCUCAGCCCAUGGGUCUUGUGGCAGUGCACCCAGCUCGGCAGCCAGCAGGUCGCAAUCACUGCUUCCAGAAUCCCUGCACUCAUAUCUGCUUGCUGUCGGCCAUUGGACCGAGGUUCUACUCAUGUGCGUGCCCCUCAGGGUGGACGUUGGCAGCGGACCAAGUCACGUGUACCAGAACUGAGGAUCCUUUCUUGGUGGUGGUGAGAGACAGCAUCAUAUACGGGAUUUCCUUGAACCCAGACGACAGAAGCAAUGAUGCAAUGGUGCCCGUGGCAGGACUUCAGAACGGCUACGACGUUGACUUUGAUGACAGUGAACAGACCCUUUACUGGGUCGAGCACCCAGGUGAGAUCCACAGAGUGAGGUCAGAUGGUACCAACAGGACAGAGUUUGCCCCUGCAGCUGUUCUGGGAUCUCCAGUUGGUUUGGCCCUGGACUGGAUAACGGAAAACCUCUACUACACCAAUCCAUCAACACAGUCGAUUGAGGUUUUGAAGCUGAGAGGGGAGUUUCAGUACAGAAAAACUCUCAUCACAAAUAACGGCUCUCCAACUGGUGCCGGCAGCCCUGUUGGCAUCGCUGUGGACCCGGCACGUGGCAAACUGUACUGGACCGACCAAGGGACGGAGAGUGGCAUCCCUGCCAAGGUGGCAUCUGCAGACAUGGAUGGUUUGAACCCUAUCAAUCUCUUCACCAAUAACCUGGACCACAUCGAGUUCCUUACUGUGGACAUUCAAGAGAACAAGCUGUAUUGGGCUGUUACGAGUACUGGCAUGAUUGAACGUGGAGAUCCAGAUGGGACUAACCGCGUCACUGUGGUGUCAGGGCUUGCUCAUCCCUGCGGCGUCGCCGUCUUUCAGAACUUCCUCUACUUCACUGACCGCGAUUUUGAGGUCAUAGAGCGCAUGGACAAGUCCACAGGCGCCGACAGGAUUGUGCUACGGGAUAAUGUGUCCGGACUCAGAGUUCUGAAAGUCCAUUACCGAGACUCCUCUGCAGGCACAACCAACGGCUGUACCAACAACAUAACUGCGUGCCAGCAUCUGUGCUUGCCUCGGCCGCAGGGUCUCUUCACGUGCGCCUGCGCCACAGGCUUUAAACUCAACUCUGACAACACGACCUGCGCCCCUUACGAGUCCUACGUUGUCAUCUCCACACUAUCCGCUAUCAAAGGCUUCAGUCUCGAAGGGGCGGACCACUCAGAAGCUAUGGUGCCAGUGGCGGGCCGAGGCCGUAAUGCCCUACACGUCGAUGUACACAUGGCAUCUGGUUACAUCUACUGGUGUGACUUCAGCAGCACGGUGACAGCACAGAACGGUGUCAGAAGAAUCAAGACAGAUGGCUCGGGAUUACGUAGUGUAGUGACGAGUGGGAUUGGACGCAAUGGGAUCCGAGGCAUAGCUGUGGACUGGGCUGCAGGAAACCUUUAUUUCACCAACGCCUUCCUGAUGGAGACCUACGUUGAAGUUCUUCGCUUGAACACGACUUUUCGAAGGGUGCUGUUGAAAACCCAGACUGACAUGCCACGCCACAUCAUAGUGGACCCUCGGAAUAGAUAUUUAUUCUGGGCUGACUACGGCCAGAACCCUAAAAUUGAGCGAGCACUCCUGGAUGGAAGCAACCGCACAAUUUUAGUUUCAUCAGGAAUUAUCACCCCGCGAGGUCUCGCCCUGGACCAGGAAACCGGAUAUGUCUACUGGGUUGAUGACUCUCUGGAUAUGAUUGCCCGAGUCAGCCCCCAAGGAGGGGAGACAGAGGUUGUGCGCUACGGCAGUCGCUACCCAACUCCCUACGGGAUCACCGUGUUUCAAGAGAGUAUCAUUUGGGUUGACAGAAACCUCAAGAAGGUGUUCCGAGCAAGCAAGGAGCCUGGCAGCACAGAGCAACCGGCUGUCAUAAGAGACAACAUAAACAUGCUGAGAGAUGUGACUAUUUUUGACCAGCGCAUUCAGCCAUCCGCACCCAAAGAUCUUAACAAUAACCCCUGUGUCGAGGCCAACGGAGGCUGUGCCCAUUUCUGCUUUGCCCUGCCAACCACCGACGUUGGCAACACAUCCAGAAAAUGCGCUUGCGCGUUCGGCAAUCUCGCGGCAGAUAAUGAGAGCUGUGUGGUGUCAAAGGAUGACUAUCUCAUCUACACUACGGAGAGCACGGUGCGCAGCUUACGUCUCGAUCCAGAGGACCACGCCGUGCCCUUCCCCGUGGUCAAUGUGCCACGCACUUCGGUGGCGCUGGAUUUUGACAUCACUGACCGAAGGAUCUACUUCACUCAGAGUUCGGGCGCGGGAGCCAGUAAGAUCAGCUAUAUCGAUUUGUCUUCUCCCACUUCAGCUCCAGCAGUGGUCGCUUCAGAUCUAGGGGCCCCUGAUGGCAUUGCAUACGACUGGAUAAAUAGACGGAUUUACUACAGCGAUUAUGCUAACCAAAGCAUCAGCGCAAUGUCUGUGAACGGAUCUCAGAGGACUAUUAUCGCACACGUGUCCAGGCCGCGGGCCAUCAUGUUGGACCCUUGCAGAGGAUACAUGUACUGGACGGACUGGGGAACCCAUGCGAAGAUCGAGCGGGCUACCUUAGGUGGGAACUUUCGGAAAGAGAUCGUGAAUAGCAGUCUGGUGUGGCCCAAUGGACUGAGCUUGGAUUAUGAAGAGGAGCGGCUGUAUUGGGCUGAUGCCAGUUUACAGAAAAUUGAGCGAGCCUCCCUCACCGGAUCGAAUCGGGAGGUCAUCGUCAGCACGGCCAUCUACCCGUUCGCCAUGGCAAUGUUUGGGCAGUUUAUUUAUUGGACCGACUGGAACACACGUAGCAUCUACCGUGCCAACAAACACGACGGCUCCGACCAAAUGGUAAUGAUUCAGAACCUCCCGUCUCGGCCGAUGGAUAUCCAUGUUUUGGCCAGCGGGAAGCAGCAGCAGUGUACGAGUCCUUGUGAGCAGUUUAAUGGGGGCUGCAGCCAUAUCUGUACACCAGGGCCAAAUGGAGCUGAGUGUCACUGUCCAUCAGAGGGCCACUGGUACCUCGCUGACAACAAGCACUGCAUCCUCGAUAAUGGGACUCGGUGCCAAACGGGUCAGUUUACCUGCUCGAAUGGCCGCUGCAUUCGUGCCCAGUGGAAGUGUGACAAUGACAAUGACUGCGGCGAUGGCAGCGAUGAGCUGGAGAGAGUCUGUGGAGUCAAGUCUGACUUCGACUUUGUAGUCCCUCAGUUCCUGUCAUCGUUUGUAGCCUUGUCAGCCUUCCACACAUGUGACCCCACGGUGUUCACCUGCGGCAACGGGCGAUGUGUGCCGUACCACUACCGCUGCGACCACUACGACGACUGCGACGACAACAGCGAUGAGGCGGGCUGUCUCUUCAGGCAGUGCGACCCCAACACAGAGUUCGCCUGCAACAAUGGCCGCUGCAUUUCCAAGGAUUACGUUUGCAACGGCAUCAAUAACUGCUAUGACAACGGCACCUCAGAUGAGCAAAACUGCCCUGAGAGAACCUGCCAGCCGGAACACACCAAAUGUCAGUCGACCAACAUUUGCAUCCCACGUUCAUACCUGUGCGAUGGAGACAAUGACUGUGGAGAUAUGAGCGACGAGAGUCCGACGCACUGCGCUACAUCCACAUGUUCCCAGAGCGAGUUCCGUUGUUCCAGCGGCCGUUGCAUCCCCGCCCACUGGUACUGUGACGGAGGGGCCGAUUGUGCCAACGGCUCUGAUGAACCCCUCUCCUGCACCACGUUAGCCAGGACCUGCAACGCAGAUCAGUUCCGUUGUGAUGAUGGCAGGUGCAUCGCCUCGUCCUGGAUCUGUGAUGGGGACAACGACUGCGGUGACAUGAGCGAUGAAGACCAGCGGCACAAUUGUGCCAACCGAACAUGUUCAAGCGCAGAGUUCACCUGUGCAAACAACCAACCGCCUCAGCGCAAGUGCAUUCCUCAAGACUGGGUGUGUGACGGAGACGCCGACUGCACGGAUGCGCUGGAUGAGCAUCAGAACUGCUCGCGGAGAUCCUGUGGCGUCAACGAGUUCACCUGCAGCAACGGCCUCUGCAUACGUAGCUCCUACAGGUGCGACAGGCGAAACGACUGCGGGGACAGCAGCGAUGAACAGGGUUGUACCUACCAGCCGUGCCAACAGCACCAGUUCACCUGCCAGAACGGCCGAUGCGUGUCCCGUGACUUUGUCUGCGACGGGGACAACGACUGCGGUGACGAGUCGGACGAGCUGGAGCACAUGUGCCGCACUCCCGCGCCCACGUGCCCCCCGGGAGACUUCAAAUGUGACAAUGGACACUGUAUCCGCCUGAGCCAGGUGUGUAACCGGGACGAUGACUGCUCCGACAACAGUGACGAGAAAGGAUGCGGUAUCAACGAGUGCACAGACCCAUCCGUCCAUCGCUGCGACCACAACUGUUCAGACACACCCACUAGCUUCAUCUGCACCUGCCGCCCCGGCUAUCGCCUCAUGUCCGACGGAACGACGUGCGACGACGUCAACGAGUGCGCCGAGACGCCAAGCGUGUGCAGCCAGGUGUGCGAGAACACGGUGGGCUCGUACGUCUGCAAAUGCGCCCCGGGGUACCUCCGAGAGCCGGACGGGCGCAGGUGCCGCCAGAACAGCGACAUCUCGCCUUACCUCAUCUUCAGCAACCGUUACUACCUCAGGAACCUGUCCACGGACGGGCAGGCCUACUCACUGAUACUCCAGGGUCUGAACAGUGUGGUGGCCAUGGACUUUGACCGCGUGCACAAGCGCUUAUAUUGGAUCGACGUGAGCCGCAGAGUGAUUGAGAGGAUGUCCUUCAACGGGAGCAACAGAGAAGUGGUGGUCAACGGAGUCCUGCACGGGGAGGGCCUUGCAAUCGACUGGAUCGCAAGGAAACUCUACUGGGUGGAUAGUUUCAUGGAUUGCCUGAAAGUAUCUGAACUGGACGGUCGAUUUGUGAAAAAAUUGGCUGAACACUGUGUCGAUGCUAAUAACACUUACUGCUUUGAGAACCCCAGAGCCAUCGUAUUGCAUCCCAAACAAGGAUAUGUUUACUGGACCGACUGGGGUGACAAAGCCUUCAUAGGCCGAGUUGGAAUGGACGGAACCAAAAAAGUGGCGGUUAUCACCACAAAGAUAGAGUGGCCCAAUGGGCUCACCAUAGACUACACAAAUGACAAGCUCUACUGGUCCGACGCACAUUUGAACUACAUCGAGUACUCGGACCUGGAUGGUCACCACAGACACACGGUGUACAACGGAGUUCUGCCUCAUCCGUUUGCCUUGACCGUGUUCGAGGACACAGUCUACUGGACGGACUGGAACACACGAACGGUGGAGAAAGGCAACAAAUAUGAUGGUUCUGGUCGCCAGGUUCUGGUCAACACCACACACAGACCCUUUGAUAUUCACGUGUGCCAUCCUUACAGGCAGCCCAUUGUAAACAAUCCCUGUGCUGUGAACAAUGGUGGCUGCACUCACCUGUGCCUCAUCCGUCACGGGGGGCAGGAACACACCUGCGAGUGUCCUGACCACUUCCUGGCAAUGCAAAUAGGAGGAGUGACCAGAUGCCUUCCCAUGUGCACCAGCACGCAGUACAGAUGCACCAACAAUGAACGGUGUAUUCCCAUCUGGUGGAAGUGUGACGGUCAGCGAGACUGCAGAGAUGGUUCGGACGAACCCUCUACCUGCCCCGCACGCCACUGCAGGCUCGGACAGUUUCAGUGCAAUGACGGCAACUGCACGAGUCCGCACUUCCUGUGCAACGGCAAGCGGGACUGCCACGAUGGCUCAGAUGAAGACCCCGUCUUGUGUGCGACACACCAGUGCGAACCUCACCAAUGGCAGUGUACAAAUAAGCAGUGCAUCCCCGAGUCGUGGCAGUGCGAUGGCGAGGAUGACUGCGGCGACCGCUCCGAUGAAGACCCUUCCCAUUGUUCCGCCAGGACGUGCCAUCCCGGACAGUUCAAAUGCCGCAAUGGACGCUGCAUCCCCCAAAAUUGGAAAUGUGACACUGAUGAUGAUUGUGGGGACAACUCCGAUGAGCCUCUCGAGGAGUGCAUGGGCCCAGCGUAUCGAUGUGACAACCACACCGAGUUUGACUGCAAGACCAACUACCGCUGUGUGCCUCUCUGGUCCGUAUGCAAUGGCCACGACGACUGCAGAGACAACAGUGAUGAGCAGGGCUGCG